UCCCCUCAGGCCAACUCAGAGGGCGCGCACCUGCCAGCUGCCCCUGAAUUUGCAGCGCAGGAGACCCCCGAGCCCAAAAAGAUGGCCCAGUCUAAGAGCGACUGCCGCUCACCUGUCGGCCUCGACUGUUGCAACUGCUGCCUGGACCUGGCCCACCGGAGCGAGAACCCCAGCAGCGGUGAGAAUAACAACCCCAACAACAGCCCCAGCGUGAGUAACUUUCGGCAGCUGCAGGAGAAGCUGAUCUUCGAGAACCUCAACACCGACAAACUCAACAGCAUAAUGCGGCAGGAUUCGCUCGAGCCUGUGCUGCGAGACCCCUGCUACUUGAUCAACGAAGGCAUCUGCAACCGCAACAUCGACCAGACGAUGCUUUCGAUCCUGCUUUUUUUCCACAGUGCAUCUGGUGCCAGCGUGGUGGCCAUAGACAACAAGAUUGAGCAGGCCAUGGACCUGGUGAAGAAUCAUCUUAUGUAUGCCGUAAGAGAGGAGGUGGAGAUCCUGAAGGAGCAGAUCCGAGAGCUGGUGGAGAAGAAUUCCCAACUGGAGCGUGAGAAUACUCUGCUGAAGACCCUGGCCAGCCCUGAGCAACUGGAGAAAUUCCAGUCACGCCUGAGCCCUGAAGAGCCUGCCCCCGCCGAGUCCUCACAUGCACCGGAAGCCCCUGGUGGUUCUGCGGUGUAA